CAUAAAGACCAAUGAAAGCGCAUAACUCUGGGUCACGUGCUUCCGUUCCCAUUAGCAACCGGAGGCUUCUAAACAACCCGCCCGCCCUGCUCAUCUUCUAAGAUCCAGCCACCCUCAACGAUCCCGGCUUUGGCGAGGCUCUACCCGGCCUCUCCUGCUCUCUAGGCUGCUGACCUCCGCCCGCCACCAUGGCAGAGUUGGGCCUAAAUGAGCACCAUCAAAAUGAAGUUAUUAAUUAUAUGCGUUUUGCUCGUUCAAAAAGAAGCUUGAGACUCAAAACUGUAGAUUCUUGCUUCCAAGACCUCAAGGAGAGCAGGCUGGUGGAGGAGACCUUCACCAUCGAUGAAGUCUCCGAGGUGCUGAAUGAGUUACAGGCCGUGGUCCACAGUGAAGUGGAGUCUGAGCUCAUCAACACAGCCUACACCAACGUGUUACUCCUGCAGCAGCUUUUCUCACAGGCUGAGAAAUGGUACCUCAAACUGCAGACAGACAUCUCUGAACUUGAAAACAGAGAAUUAUUAGAUCAAGUUGCAGAAUUUGAAAAAGCGGAAUUUACAUCUUCAAAUAAAAAGCCCAUCAUAGAAGUCAUAAAGCCAAAACUUGCUCCACUUAAUGAAAGCGGCACAGCAGAACUCCUAAACAAGGAAAUUUUAAGACUUCAAGAAGAGAAUGAGAAGUUGAAGUCAAGGCUGAAGACCAUUGAAAUACAGGCUACCAGUGCACUGGAUGAGAAGUCAAAGCUGGAAAAAGCUCUGCGGGACUUACAGCUUGAUCAAGGAGACCCAAAGGAUUCUGUACAAGCUCAAGACUUGAGUCACUUGGAAAAUACAGUUGCUGCUCUAAAGAGUGAGUUUCAGAAGACACUUAAUGACAAGACACAAAACCAGAAGUCCCUGGAGGAGAAUUUAGCAACAGCUAAGCACGACCUACUCAGGGUUCAGGACCAGCUGAGCAUGGCUGAAAAGGAAUUAGAGAAGAAAUUCCAACAAACAGCAGCUUAUCGAAACAUGAAAGAGAUUCUCACCAAGAAGAAUGACCAAAUCAAAGACCUGAGAAAGAGACUGGCAAAAUAUGAACCUGAAGAUUAAAAAAGUUGAUUUCACCUGGAAGCUGCACAACAUGAAAUACAAGCUGUUUUUCAACUUCAGGCAUGUAUUUCGAAGCAGUUUGUUAUAUUCACUCUUUAUUUUUCUAAUAUUUAGACAUUGCUUCUAAUAUUUAGAACUAAAGUUCCUAUUUUCAGUUGCCUAAUUGAGAAGAAAACAUACUGAUUCUGGCCAGUCAUCCCAAACCCCUCUCUGCCAAGUGCCCCAUCUUAGUUCCUCUGCAGAGACAAUUCUUCAUAGCAAAGAAGAGAUUUUCAGAGUGGAAAGAAGAGUCAUAGCCUUUUGCACUGGUAUAAAGACUAUACCUUUUUAAUGAAUAUUAAACAUCUAUCCUUGUGCAUUCCCCAGGGUAAACAUUAAAUAAUUAUUAAAGACAGUUAUUAUUUAAAAAGCCCUAUUUUUAAAAAUAAAAUCUAAAUUAAUUUUCUCUAUUUGAUCAUCUAAAAAGUAUUAAUUUACUGAAAAUGUGAAUACCACCUCUUACAGGCAACAUUUUUAUUAAUUAUUAGGAAAAUUAACAGUGAACGUGAGGAUUCACUUAACUUCCUCUGUUUCUAUACAAAUGCCAUGUUUAUCAGAGGAGGCCCAGAAACUUUUUGCAGCACAACUUACCACCAGUCUGUAUUUCUGAUGGAGAAGUCAAAUCCAUCCAUCUGAUGGAGAAGUCAGAUCCAGAAAGUACUGAAUUUACAAUAACCUUUAUGUUACUUUCCAGAAUAUUCUUUUUAAUUAAAUAAGAGCAUUCUUUAAAAGACUUACAUUCAACAUAUAAUCAGUCACCAGUUCUCAGACUCAACUUUUGGUUAUAGUUUAUUUUUAUGCAUAUAUAGUAAUUCCAUUUUCAGAAAGUUUUGUUUCAAUUUCCAUUGAUUCUGCUUUUUCCUGAGUGAUUAUGGGUAAAUCAUUAGAUAUUGAGUAUCAUAUUUGCAGCCGUGUAACACAACAAAAUCCUAUAAGGAUAAAUGAAAUCCAGAAAGCAGCAAGUGCCUCAGAAUGAAGGCUUACUUGUAAUAUGUUAUUUAUUAAGUAGCUAUUCCUGCUCUCAAAAGUAGAAUGUCAACCCCCAAAUGAGGUCUACUAGGAUAGGUCUAUUAGGAUAGGAUAGGGGAAUGUCAAACCCUAAAUGGUGUCUACUAGGAUAGGUCACUCCACUUACGCAAAGGAAGAUUUUAUUUCCAGAGAAGAGUUUACUGAUUAGAGGGUAAGGCUCCUUAUUUUCACUCAAGCUUUUAAUAUUAGCCUUGAAUUUGUUGGGAUUUUUUUUGUAGUCUUUAUGUUAAAAUAUUGAAGGAACAAAUGAUAAAGGCUAAGAUAAUUUCUCCCUAAAAGAACAGAGAAGACGGUCUUUAAAGGAUGAAUGACUCACAGAAAGGAGGGGGGAAAUCCAAUAAGCCAACAUGUACUGCAUAUUCUUUCUUCACCUACCUCUCACUACCGAGGUCACAAAUUAGCUUCUGUGUCCUUCGAGAACAUUCACUGAGGAUUCUGGUCUGACCCCAUGUUUCUUUAGUGCAAAUGUGAUACUGUCCAGAAACCUGAUACAUAUUUAUGGACGAGGAUAUUCUGUAAAAUUCAGAACUGCACUCUUGAUUAAAUGGCUAGUGUAUCCUUCAGACAUUUAAUUAUUUUCUCCCUACACUUUUCUUAGUUUGCUGCUCAUAGGGACAGAGGAAGGUAUGUUGGGAAACCUCUAUUCCUGAUUAGAAUUUCAACUUACUGUCUUUGAUAGCAAUUUUAAAAUAUUCUUUAUAAUGUGUUCCAGUUCAGUAAACAUUCUGAAAGAUUUCUGAAACCUGAAAACCUAACUAUACAAGAUUAAACAAAUAUAAUAACCGUUGGCAUAAAUCAACAUGAUGAUUCUUUCAUAUACAAAAUACAUCUUGUGUUCUAGUUUCAUCACCGUAUGUUUUGUUUUUAAUUUAUGUCUUCAUGUAUGAGCUUUAAAUUUUUAUUUUUUGAGUAGAUUGAAGAUUUAUCUCAUUUAACAGAGAAAAAAAAUCCUUUUAUUGUAGGUAUGUCUAUAUAUUUUAGGUCUCUAAGAAUGGUGGCUCCAGCCUUGGAGGCGCUGUCAGUAUGCUAACUGGACAGACAGUCUGGGCAUUGGUGGCUUUUGUAGUGGAGCCUUGGUUCCCCUUAAAAAUACAAGGCUCCCUCUAAGCUAUGACUUAAAGCAUUUGUGGACAAAAGUAAAAUAUAAAGGAUUUUUGUUAUUUUUCCUGUUCAACAUUUAAGUGUUCAUUUUUUAUUAUAUAUGACAUGCUGAGUCUAUAGCAAAUAAAUGUUUCUGAGCACCUGUUGUGUCGUAUGUCACU